CAUCCCACAGAACUCUGUGAUACAUCCCUAUACAACAGGAGUUUUUGUUCGCACUGAGUUGCGAAAGACAGCAGAGGUUUCCAGAUUAGUUCAAACGGACUUUAUAUAGCUUUGCAGUUUAUUAGAUGUACGUGAACUCUGAGCAAGUUGCUAAAAUUGUUUGCGAUCUGUCAUCAAGGAGUUAUGCAUCUGCAGACAGGGAGGUUGACCGUGGUCAGUAAAUGCGCUUGCAACUACUGAUAGUUACUGGACUGCUGCUGCAAAACGAUUGUACUUAAUGGUGUUACUUUACCAACCCUGACAUUUUGGAGUUACAGUUUUGAGCACAACCGUACUUUCCUUGGCAGGAUGGAAAAAAAUCGCAAACUUUAUUUUGUGCUGACUCUCAUGUCGUGUAUAAAGCGCAGUCAUUUUUUCAAUCUGGAUAUAGACAAUCCGUCAAUUUAUUCUGGGCCAAGUGGAAGUUAUUUUGGAUUCUCCGUGGAUUUCUUCAAACCCGAUGAGAAACAAUUAAACAUUCUGGUAGGCGCACCCAGGGCAAACACGUCUUUUUCGGCCGUGGUGGAGCGGGGAGCCGUGUACAGCUGCCCCUGGCGAACAAGCAAAGACUGUCGACAGUUACAGUUCGACAACACUGAUGACCGGAAGAACGCUAAAGGGGAGCAGAUGGAGUUCAAGUCCAGCCAGUGGUUUGGAGCUUCAGUGCGCUCAGAAGGAGAAUACAUACUGGCCUGUGCUCCUCUGUACCAGUGGAGCACCUUAACGUUCACAGAGAGGGAACCGGUUGGAACCUGCUUUCUGAAGUCCGCUGGAGGAGUGGUGGAGUACUCCCCCUGCCGAACAGGUUCAAACUCUCCGGAAGGGCAAGGAUUCUGUCAAGCAGGAUUCAGUGUUGACUUUGUGAAGAAUAACAGAGUUGUGGUUGGAGGGCCCGGAAGCUUUUAUUGGCAAGGGCAGCUGAUCUCUGAUGAUAUUUCUGAAAUCAUAACCAGAUACAAUAAUAAAUUCUACACCCCGUAUGGUAACCAGCUGUCCACCAAGCCUGCCAGUGCUCAGUUUGAUGACAGCUACUUAGGUUACUCUGUGACUGUGGGGGAUUUUAAUGGAGAUGGGGAUGACGACUACAUCACCGGGGUUCCCAGAGGACACAAGGCUUUAGGCUACGUAAACAUUUUCAAUGGGAAGAACAUGGAGUCCAUGGUGAACUUCACUGGGGUCCAGAUGGCAGCGUAUUUUGGCCAUUCCGUGGCAGCAACGGACAUCAAUAAUGACGGGGUGAUGGACCUCUUUGUGGGCGCUCCUCUCUUUAUGGACCGCGGUUCGGACGGCAAGCUGCGGGAGGUGGGUCAGGUGUUGGUGUACCUGGGAAAGGGGGGCUUCUCCUUCCACACCCCCCAGAAGCUGACGGGCACGGAGGUGUACUCCAGAUUCGGCAGCUCCCUCGCCCCCUUAGGAGACCUGGACAUGGACGGCUUCCAUGACAUCGCCAUCGCCGCGCCCUAUGGGGGGCCGGACCACAGGGGACUGGUGUACGUGUAUAAUGGCCGGGCCAUGGGCCCCGAGGCGGGGGCCUCCCAGGUCCUGCAGGGGAGGUGGGCCUCCUCCUCCUCCAUGCCCCCCAGCUUCGGUUACGCCAUGCACGGAGCGACCGACAUCGACCUCAAUGGCUACCCAGACCUGGUUGUUGGUGUUUUUGGAGCUGACAAAGCAGUACUGUACAGGGCCCGGCCGGUCAUCAGUGUGAACUCCACCCUGGACAUCAGUCCCCAGGUCCUGAACCCCGAGGACAAGUCCUGCACCCUGGCUGGCACGUCCACCACCGCGUCCUGCUUCAGAGUGAAAUACUGUCUCCAGGCCCGUGGGAAAGGAGCUCCAUAUACAAUGCACUUCCAGGUGCAGCUGGUGCUGGACAGACUCAAACACAAGGGGGCGAUAAAGAGGGCGCUGUUCCUGCACAGCAGAGUCUCGCAGUACUCCAAGAACAUGACCGUCCUCAACGACCGAGGACCCGCCUGCGAGGAGCUGGAGGCCUUUCUGAUCCCAGAGUCGGAGUUCAGGGAUAAGAUCACUCCCAUCACAGUGUUCAUGGGAUACGGUCUGGACCUCUCAACCGCUGCCGACAGAACCGGACUGCUGCCGGUACUGGACCAGUUCACCCCGGCCAAUCUGUCCAGACAGGCCCACAUCCUGUUGGAUUGUGGGAAGGAUAACAUCUGCAAGCCUGACCUGAAGCUGGCCGUAGUCAGUGACCAGACGCAGAUCUACAUCGGGGACGAUAACCCGCUGACGCUGGAGGUGACGGCGGAGAAUGGCGGGGAGGGGGCGUACGAGGCUGAGCUGUACGUCUUCAUGCCCCCCCAGGCCGAAUUCAUCGGCGUCAUUCGCAACAGCGAGACUCUGUCUAGACUAUCUUGUGCAUACAAGAGAGAGAACCAGACCAGACAGGUGGUCUGUGACCUGGGGAACCCAAUGAAAGGAGGAACUAAACUGUUGGCAGGCCUGCGUUUCAGCGUGCACCAGCUCUCUGAGGAGGACAGCUCCAUCACCUUCCAGCUGCAGAUCUACAGCUCCAACCAGUUCAAUAGUACCAGCAGUCUGGUGUCCAGCGUCACCCAGCUUGCAGUUUUAGCCAAAGUGGAAAUUCGAGGGGUCUCGGCUCCUGAUCAGGUCUUCCUUCCCAUCGCUAACUGGCUGCCCAAAGAGGACCCCGUGUUGGAGGAUGACAUCGGACCCCUAGUCCAGCACGUCUAUGAGCUGCGGAACAACGGCCCCAGCACGUUCAGCAAGGCCAUGCUGGACAUCGCCUGGCCCUACGGCCUGUGGAACGGAUCCCUCCUCUACAUCACGCAGUACCAGGUGGACGGGCCCAUGACCUGCAGCACGGACAUGCUCAUCAACCCCCUCAACGUCCUGAACCCAAGAGUUGGAGUGAGGACUUCCCAGAAUUCCACAGUACCAAACCGAGGCCGGACUGACGGGACAAAUCCCAGCCGCCUGCACCGCAGAGAGGUGGAGGAGAACCCACCGGGGGGGCCGCUGGAGACCCUGGACUGCUCCAGGGCGAAGUGUCUGAAGAUAAAGUGCCAGGUGGGGCGGUUGGAGAGGGGUCGUAGUGCCAUCCUGUUCAUCCGUGCGCGACUGGGCGUAGCCACCUUCCUCACGGCUGAGAACCAGAACCGCUCCUACAACGUCAGGUCAGCAGCCUCCUUCAGCGUCAUAGAGAUGCCCUAUAAGAGCCUGCUGCCAGAGCUCCCGUCCAACACCACGCAGGUGAACACGGCGGUGAUCUGGGUGCUGACGGACUCUCCACGCCCCGUUCCAGGAUGGGUCACCGCCCUCGCCGUGGUGGCAGGACUACUGCUGCUGGCCCUGCUCAUCUUCAUCAUGUACAAGGCGGGUUUUUUCGUCCGCGUGCGCCCCCCCCAGGAGGACUGCGUAGAGAAGGAGCAGCUGCAGCCACAUGAGAACGGGGACGGGCUCGCUGAGGCCUGACCCACCCCCCCCCUUCCCCCCACCGUAAUCCCAUAGUUAGCCAAUCACUAUAACAAUCCAAUGAGGAAUGUUGGCUGUUUGUGUAAACACAUAUGAGCCAAACUAUAAGAACAGCUCACCAGAAAAUGGCGGCUCUGCCACAAUGAAGCAGAAGCUGCACAUGGUUUCUUUUAAAUUUGAUCUUGCAAGGUAUGAUUUCUGCAUGGGUUUAGUGUGCCACAGAGAAAUUUCCAAGAAAUUUCCCUCAAGUCCCUCACGUUUAAUAAAAUUCUUAAAUUAUGCACUUAACUAAUUAAGAAGUGGCACAUAUGACAUUAUUUCAGAUGAAAAAUACAUUAACUUUGACGAAGUACAUGAAAUUUAGCAAGUUGUUGGGUGGUGUUAGGGGUCAGGUCCAUUUUGCUAAAUUAUGAUUGUUGUUACUGUGAUUUUAUUUAAUUUGCAUUCAUUUAGCAUCUACUCACCCGUUUUCUAAAUUUUUUGGCUUUUUAUGAGAAUUUGAGCUUGGUGGUAUCAUAGAAAACAGGCAGCCUUACUCUGGAAUGUAGCCAAACCACAUUCCAAUCUGUGGGAUUCAAACCACAGAUCUUGCAGGUCCCAGUCAUGUAUCUUAACCACUACGCUACAGGCAGCCCAUUUGGUUGCUGCCACAUGAUUAAAUAUUUGCAUUAGCAAGCUGGUGUAAAAGCCUACCUAAUAAAGUGCCCAGUGAGUGUAUAUUUCUAGCGAUGAUCUGUAUCACAUAUUUUUUCUUUGCCUUUUGUGGUAUCAUGGCAUUAAAUCAAACCAUGGUUUACUGUUCCUUAAUCUGAUGUGCCAUUCAGUUUCAAUUCUUACUGCUGGGUGGAAACUCUUUCUAUGUGUAUAUGUUGCUGGAAUAUUUGAGAGUAGAAUACACAGUAUGCUGUUACCCAUAUUGGGUAUACUGGCCAUCGGUUUUAAAUCAGCUGUCUUUUAAUAUUGAUAUACUGCUCUUAACAUUACAUCAGUAGAUAUAUAUAUGAACAAUUUGCAAUAAAUAAUCAAGGUUCAGCAGUUUUCUAUUGGUUGUCUAAUUUUAUUAGGUUUUAUUCUUGUACUAACAUUGGCAAAAACUGUGGAUUUCACAAUUCUGUUAUGAAAGCACUUUACCUUAAAAAUGUGAAUCUGAGGUGUAAUUUGGAAUUAAUUGGAACUAAGUUACGAAAAAAAAUAUUUUGAAUGCAUCACAGCGCAACAAAAUAUCAUUUUUUAAAAACAUUCUCACAGAUCAAGCAUAAACUUCAAUCUGAUCAAAAAACAAUAAAUUAGGUUAUUUACAAAUGCUUGUUUUUCAUUAAAUAUUAAGUAUGUUGUGUUCAUAUGUUUACUAUUGAAAUAAAGGAGUGUUUCAAUUCUCA